CGAUAGCGAAUCGAACAGUUGGUAUAUAAAAGUGAACAAGCUCUGAGAUUCCGAUAGUCGAAAUUUUCAUUGUGUAAAUAGUGUUGGCUUUGGUCAACUUUAUUUUACAAUGAAUAUGGUGGGUGCGAUUUUUUUGACGCUUUUUGCGUCUUUGCUGCUUUUAUCGGGCAGCGAAGCGGCAGCCGGUAAGCGGAUGCGUUUGCCCGGAAUUUCAGAUGAUGUAGUAGCAGACUUUGCAACAGAAUAUGAUCAUUACUUAUUAACUGGUCAAAAAACACAGAAAUUUCAAAAAUUAAUUUCUGCAAUGAAAUUCACCGAUGAAGCUAGACAAGAAGCAUUUUUGCCAGUUGAUGAGCGCCGCUCAAAUUUGGAAACGGGAAUACUAUGUUUAGGUUGUAGAUCUGCCGCAAACUACCUCCUGAACAAAAGAAGAAACGAAAACGCUACUGACGAAUUUGUUAAAAAAUUGGCAAAAGACAUUUGCACACAAUUUGAAAUUAUGCCUGAACAUGUUUGCGAAGGAUUAGUAAAUUUGAAUGCACCAACAUUAUUAUACGUAGUUGACAAUAAACAAACUUUAGAAGCCGAUACGAUUUGCGGAAUGUUGUUAUCAGACUCACAAUGUCCUUCUGAAAACCCAGAAUUAAAUUGGACCAUUGAAAUUGAUAAAAACAGACCUGCGGCACCCAAGCCACCAUCUGUAACCGAUCCAUCUUUAACAUUCGUCCAAAUUUCUGAUCUUCACUAUGAUCCAAAUUACAAAAUCGGUUCAACUGCUGUUUGCAAGGAACCAGUAUGUUGCAGAGCAAAACAAGGACCAGCUGAAAAUCCUGAAAAAGCUGCUGGAAAAUGGGGAGAUUACAGAAGUUGUGAUACUCCUUGGGAAGCCAUCGUUGACUCCUAUGAACAAGUCAAGAAACAACACCAGAAAAUCGACGCAAUCUACUUCACCGGUGACAUCCUUGACCACGGAAUUUGGGAGACUACCUUAGAAGGCAACAAGAAAAGCAUUAGAGACACCAUGGGUAAAAUGAAAGAAGUAUUUGGAGAUGUUCCAGUGUUUCCAAUUUUGGGCAACCACGAACCACAUCCUCUGAAUAUUUAUUCUCCUAAAAACGUACCAGAAGCUAUGAACACUAAGUGGUUAUACGACUUUGUUGCUGAAGAAUGGAGCUACUGGCUUCCAGAAGAAGCUAGAGAAACUAUGAGAUAUGGUGGUUAUUACACAAUCUUGGUUAAACCAGGAUUCAGAGUUAUUGCUUUGAACAACAAUGUGGCUUAUUCAUUCAACUGGUGGUUGUUCUACGAUCCAGUAUUUAUAAAAGAACAAUUGCAAUGGUUGCAUGAUACUUUAUUGCAAGCUGAGAAAAAUAAGGAAAAGGUGCACAUUUUGGCACACAUACCUCCUGGCACUGAUAGUUUUACAACUUGGGAUAAAGAAUUCAAGCGACUCGUUGAAAGAUUUUCCGAUGUAAUAAGUGCCCAAUUCAAUGGCCACAGCCACGAGGAUGAGUUUGUCGUUUUCUACAAUAUGGGUUCGAGGCACCCAAAACCAAUCAACGUUGCUUUCAAUGGUGGAAGUAUCACAGCUUACAGUUACGGAAAUCCUAAUUAUAAAGUUUAUGAAGUCCAACCACAAACAUAUAAUGUUCUAAACCAUGAAUCUUGGAUUUACAACUUAACUGCUGCCAAUUUGGCAAGUGAUGAUAGUCGUCCAGAAUGGUUUAAAAUGUACUCUUUCAAAGAUGAUUUUGGUAUUCCUUCAGUAUCACCAGCAAAUCUAGAUACUUUGAUCAAAAAGAUGGUGAAAGACGAAAAAUUGGCAUACAAAUACUUUGAAUACAAGUACAAAUUGGGAGAUCUGAUGUUGGCCAAGGGAUGCGAUAGGGAAUGCCAAACUCAUCAUGUGUGCACAAUUUUGACAACCGUUCCUGGAGACCACGAAAUGUGCAGAAAAUAUGGAGCAGUUUGGAAUAAAUGAUAAGAAUCUUGGAAUUAUUACACAAUCUAUAAAUUAAAGUGAUUGUUAAAUAUUGUUGAAAAUAU